CCGACGCACUUGUCUGGGGCUCCGUAGCCCGGAUGUGAGCCACCUCUCCGGCGUCCAGUUACUAGAGGAACCUUGAGUGCCCUUCGCGCCGCCACCCUUCGCCCUCCACCUGGAAAGCCAUGCUGAAAUUCCAAGAGGCUACCAAGUGUGUGAGUGGAUCAAUAGAUGUUUCCACGCGUCCAAAGCCCUUGAUCGCCAGAAGAUAUGCACUUCUACAGAAACUUGGCAGCGGGAGCUUUGGAACUGUCUAUCUGGUUUCAGACAAGAAAGCCAAACAAGGAGAGGAACUAAAAGUACUGAAGGAAAUCUCUGUUGGAGAACUCAACCCAAAUGAGACUGUGCAGGCAAAUUUGGAAGCCCAGCUCCUUUCCAAGCUGGACCACCCUGCCAUUGUCAAGUUCCAUGCAAGCUUUGUGGAGCAAGAUAAUUUCUGCAUUAUCACGGAGUACUGUGAGGGCCGAGAUCUGGACUAUAAAAUUCAGGAAUAUAAAGAGGCUGGAAGAACCUUUCCAGAGAGUCAAAUAAUAGAAUGGUUUAUCCAGCUGUUGCUAGGAGUUGACUACAUGCAUGAAAGGAGGAUACUUCAUCGAGAUUUGAAAUCAAAGAACAUAUUUCUGAAAAGUAAUCUUCUUAAAAUCGGGGAUUUUGGAGUUUCUCGACUCCUAAUGGGGUCCUGUGAUCUAGCCACCACUUUAACUGGAACUCCCCAUUAUAUGAGCCCGGAGGCUUUGAAACACCAAGGCUAUGACACAAAGUCGGAUAUCUGGUCUCUGGCAUGCAUUUUGUAUGAGAUGUGCUGCAUGAAUCAUGCAUUCACUGGUUCCAAUUUCUUAUCCAUUGUCUUAAAAAUUGUUGAAGGUGACACUCCUUCUCUCCCUGAGAGAUACCCACGACAGCUGAAUACCAUCAUGCAAAGCAUGUUAAACAAGAGUCCUUCACUGAGACCAUCUGCUGUAGAAAUUUUAAAAAUUCCUUACAUUGAUGAACAACUACAGCACCUGAUGUGCCGAUAUUCUGAAAUAACCCUGGAAGGCAAGAAUUUGAAUUGUCAGAAGGAGGCAGCAUAUAUAAUUAAUGCUGUGCAAAAAAAGAUCCACCUGCAGACCCUGCGGGCACUAUCUGAAGUGCAGAAGAUGACACCAAGAGAAAGGAUGCGGCUGAGGAAGGUCCAGGCAGCUGAUGAGGAGGCCAGGAAGCUGAAAAAGCUUGUGGAAGAAAAAUAUGAAGAAAACAACAAACGAAUGCAAGAACUGAGAUUGCGGAAUUUCCAGCAGCUAACUGUGAAUGUGCUCCAUGAAUUUGAUGACCGAGCUUCAGAGAACCUGCCUGAGUCUCAGCCUAUUCUUUUCCCAGACCUCGGCGCACUUGGGUCAAGUAUGGAGGACACAGGCAGCUGACCUUGGAGAUCAUGAAAUCCCAGAAGACCCACUUGUAGCUGAAGAGUAUUAUACUGAUGCAUUUGAUUCCU